GACUAGACGCGGCAUCGUGUGACUACAAGAAGCGUGGCGUUGCAGCAGGAAUGGCGCAAUGAUAACAGAUAGCGUGUCAGACUUUGUUCGUUUCUUUUUUUUUUGAACUUAUGAUAACACUUGUAGCCGCCCCUGCAGCUGUUUGUUCUGGUUGGCGGCUGCGAUUUGUUUCUUCAUAAGUAGAUCUGGAACAAAAGAGGAGCGAAGGCACUCACUCGUUGCUUGAUGUUUUGCGCCUGUCUGAGUGGAAGCAUGAGUGUCCUGCCCAUUCUCGUGGUCGCGACAAUUUUGACAUCACCGUUCUCCGUUUGGGCCAGCGAUGGAACCACUGCGGACGUAGGCGGCCCUUCAAGUGCAGGAAUGACCACUCGCUCCGCGGAGACCACAGCUGGAAGGGCAGUACCAGCGAACAAUGUCACCACCAUGGAACCCGAAACAACAAGACUAGCUUCAGACGACGGCUGCAUAGAGAGUGCGAUUCCCAACAUUAUGAACAUUGGGCAGUGUCUUGGAGAUGACCUCGACUUGUGCGCUGGAAAAACGACGGCUAUCCAAGCCUAUUUGUCACUUGUAAGGUGCACGGCGAAGGGAACCUUCGAAAAUAUGUCGCCAUUAAACAGCUUGAUUGCUCUAAGGGACAUCUUUACGGUCUUGUUCAACAGGUUUAGCCCUACUCUGGCAAGAUGGAUAAAAAGUAUAAACUUCAAACCUGACGGCAGUGACUUGAGCGACAACAUAUGCCGCGAACCAAUCAAGCUUGGCUUUCCCAACAGCCUUGGAAAGUGCCUAGGAAACACGUACAAGCUGUGCGAAGGUGGAGAAAUGGUUGAUGUUCCAUUUACAAUGUCAUUCGCUGCAGCAGUUGCGUGUGGAUUCACCGAGCUUGCGACCACAGCGCCGAUAGACACGUUCCGUACCAUAGGUUGUGACAUUGUAAAAGGCUCUCAAGCCAUGUUCGGAGUGAUACCAUUCAUCGGCUCUUCGACUUACGAAAUAGCAAAGGGUAUAAUUUGUUAAUCUACCUGGACUGUACCACGCUAUGUUUAUGAAAGUUGCAAUCCGUAGACCAAGCAAUAUUUCGCUAAUAAAGCGCAGUGGCAAAUUUCA